CCCGAAGGCCCCAACGGAAUCCGUUCUCUCGUCGUCCCUUCCUUCCUCCACCACGGCUGCACCCUUCCCUCCCACCGCAGCGCGAGUUCACCGAUCGGGGCCAGAUCCCCUUCGCCGCCGGAAGGCCGGUGAAGAUCCGGUACCUGCGGCCCCUUCUCUCUCACCCCAAUCUCAAGGGACGUGUGCGGCCUUCGUGACGCUGACUUCUUGGAUCCGGCGGAGGUAGGGGAACCCACGAGCGAUCGGGAGCGAUGCGGCACCAGCGGGGCGGGAGCGGGGGCGGAUUCGGGGGCGGGAGGAGGGGGGACGACCCGGGGCUUCUGACGAGGGCUGUGGACAGGGUGUUCCGCUUCGUCCGCCUCGCCGAGUUCGAGAUCCUCUUCGUCCUCUUCUUCCUCGUCGCCUUCCUCCUCUUCAAGGACCUCAUGUCGCGACCUGAAUACAAUCAGAUGUUUGUCAAGAAGCCUGAUCUCGAUGACCCCUGGCCUUAGGGAGUACGGAUCGUAUAAUGUUCAUAGUUGUAGCUUGGUCUUUUCUUUGAGUUGUGUUGCAAGUACAUUUUUCUUUGAAACCCUGUGUGACUGUCCCCUUUUUUGUCAGGAACCUUUUUUUUACUAUGACUAAAUAGACUAUUCUCUUAAGUGACGAUGAAUAUAUGUAGCAAGCUGUUUUUCUUUUUACUUAAAGAGCAAAUUUUCAUGUCAAUAUUGCUGUACAGCCACACUCAGGUUGUUGCUAUCAGUUACACUGUUUA